UACAUAUCCCCGUUCGUUCCAUUAUCAAUCUCGCCUUUCACCUCCAUUAUUUUUUUGACCGACGGCGUCUGAGUGUACUAUACUGCCAUGGCCCAGCGUCAGGUCACUGCUUUUCCCUGCCCUCCUUCCACCAUCUCCUUUAUCAUCUUCCACGUUGCUCUCCCACUACCACUCGUUUGAUCUCUCUCUCUCUCUCUCUCAUACUCCCCCCACCCUUCUGCCCCUCUCCUCCAUCAAUAACACGCACUUCGCACUACCUUCUUUUCCUCCUCCCUCCCCCUCGUUCUUUUCCAGUGCGUGCAGAAUUUGCACUCCGCUCCUGCUACUAUUCACUUAUGAGUUCCGCCUCUGCUUCUGAAGCCGCCGCCGCCGCCUCCAACUCCUCCACGGAGUCCCUGAACGGCUUGAAGUUCGGUCAGAAGAUAUACUUCGAGGAUGUGGGUGUGGGAGGUCCUGUGAAAUCCAGCGGUGGGGCGUCGGCGUCCUCCGCAGGGGUGACCCCGCCUAAGAAGGGAAGGGGGAGUGGGGCUCAGGGGGCUCAGCCUCCGAGGUGUCAGGUGGAGGGCUGCAAAGUAGAUCUGAGUGAUGCCAAGGCUUACUAUUCCAGACAUAAAGUCUGUAGUGUGCACUCCAAAUCACCCAAGGUCGUUGUCGCUGGUCAAGAGCAAAGGUUUUGCCAACAGUGUAGCAGAUUUCACCAGCUCUCUGAAUUUGAUCAAGUAAAGCGAAGCUGUCGCAGGCGACUUGCUGGUCAUAACGAAAGGAGGAGAAAACCCCCACCUGGCUCCCUGAUGGCUUCUCGAUAUGGCCGACUUGCUCCAGCUAGUUUUGAUAACAACAAUAGCAGAGGUGGUGGAUUUCUAAUGGAAUUCGCUUCAUAUCCUAAACUUAGCCUAAGAAAUUCGAUGCCAACACCAACAUCAUCUGAGCAGCUUCCUGGGAAUCCAACAGUGACACUUCCAUGGCAGGGCCAUUCAGAGUCUCCAUCAUUGCUUUUCUUGCAAGCAGGUUCUCCAGUUGGCGGGACAAGCUACUCUGGCUCCAGAAAUUCUUCAUCAGGGGAAAGCUUUUCAGGAUUGACAGACUCAAGCUGUGCUCUCUCUCUUCUGUCAAACCAAGCUUGGGCCCCUCGAAACAGAGCACCAAGUCUUGGUACAAAUAAUUUUAUGAGCUUUGACGACACGCCCAUCACACAACUCCCUGCAUCUUCUCAUCAUGGACAUGGAACUUCCCUCCAUCAUCAACUUUCAAAUGCCUCAUGGUGUUUUAAGGGCAUUGAUGCUGCUGCUGCUGAUAGCUGUUCUCAUGACAUUGUCCCUGACUUGGGCCUGGGUCACCAAAUUUCGCAGCCUAUCAGCAGCCCUCUUCCUGGGGAGCUUGACGUGUCACAACAGGGCAGGAGGCAUUACAUGGAUCUAGAGCAGUCGAGGGUCUAUGGUGAUUCUCAGCAUCACAUGCACUGGUCUCUCUAGAGUGCUUCUUCCAUCUCUUGCCUGCGUUUUGUUUGAACUGUAUGUGAUGUGUUGAAUACAGGAUCUCGUUGAUUGAUCAGACAGUAUUUUGGUUUGUUAGAAGGUUUAAAACUCAACCUUCUUCACAUACGAUGGUUUUUAAAUCUUUUUGUUGUCGUGA